AUGCACAUCUCACUCACAAUCUUCUUGCAGGUUGACAAUGUGACCUUGACUCGCCGCGGUGAGCAGGUCGAUGGUACCCUUCAUCUCACCCCUCACCACCUCAUAUUUUCGCAUACCCCCACAAUCUCCCCCGAGGACCAGAUCAAGGGCGUGACGGUCAGACCGAGAGAGCUCUGGAUCACAUACCCCAUUAUCGCAUUUUGCACGUUGCGACCGGCUCCCGCAGUCUCCCGCCAGCUCUCCUCCAUCCGCCUCCGAUGUCGAGACUUCACAUUUGUCUGUUUCUACUUUGUAAAUGAGCACAAAGCCCGCGAAGUAUUCGAAAGCAUCAAGCAAUGGACAUGCAAGUCGAGCCGCAUCGACAAACUGUACGCUUUUAGCUACCAGCCGCCUCCACCCGAGAGAGAGUUCAAUGGAUGGGACCUCUAUGAUGCGCGCAAGGAAUGGACGCGCCAGGGUGUUGUCGAUAGUGAGCAGUGGCGCUUAUCAGAGAUAAAUGCGAACUACGAGUUCUCUCCCACCUAUCCUGCCAUUAUACCCGUGCCUUCCUCCAUCUCCGACAAUACACUCAACUAUGCAGGGCGUUAUCGAUCCCGCGCAAGAAUACCCACCUUAGCAUACUUCCACCCAGUCAAUAAUUGCACCAUCACCAGAAGUUCGCAGCCGCUGGUCGGUGUUCGUCAGAACCGAAGCAUUCAGGACGAAAAGCUUAUGUCUGCUAUCUUCUUGACGUCUCGAUCUGAACGACCGCUGGCUGCCUUUUCACAGUCCCCAGAGAAGGAGACAGGCUCAAGCCGCGGAAGUCCGGAAACAAGCCAGGUGAUGGUUCCGGAGUUGAACGCCGAGGAACUAGAGGAUGACUUGAUGGCUGCUGCCAGUGGGGACUCUGAAGAGAAUCGCUCGAUUUACGGCGCCCAGCAAUCAAAUAUGAUCGUAGAUGCGCGGCCUACGGUUAAUGCAUUUGCCAUGCAAGCGGUUGGGCUUGGUUCCGAGAACAUGGAUAACUACAAAUUCGCUACCAAGGCCUACCUUGGUAUUGAGAACAUCCACGUUAUGCGAGAGUCGCUGAGCAAAGUGAUUGAUACCCUCAAGGAUUCUGAUGUGACUCCACUCGGGCCUAACCGUGAUCAGCUGGCGCGCAGUGGUUGGCUGAAGCACAUUGGCGUCAUUUUGGAGGGAGCCCGAGUGAUUACUCGGCAGGUCGGACUUACUCAUUCCCAUGUUCUAAUCCAUUGCUCUGAUGGUUGGGACCGCACAAGUCAGCUCAGCGCACUGAGCCAAAUCUGUCUGGAUCCAUACUUCCGAACACUGGAAGGCUUCAUGGUUCUUGUGGAGAAAGACUGGCUUUCCUUUGGACAUAUGUUCCGCCAUCGAUCCGGUCAUCUGAACAGUGAGAAGUGGUUCCAAAUCGAGAAUGAACGUAUCGGUGUAGACCCCAACCGCGCAUUUGGUGACGGCGGAGGUGCAGGCAAAGCCCUCGAGAAUGCCUUCCUCAGCGCCAAGGGCUUCUUCAACAGGGAUAACAACAGCAAGGAUUCCUUGCCUGACUCCGAUGGAGAGCUUCAAAAUUAUGAGUCUGACACGCCGAAGAAGGCAAAUGCACCGCGCUCGGGUCCCGAAAAAGAGGUCACCAAACCGAAAGAGACAAGUCCCGUAUUCCAUCAGUUUUUAGACGCAACCUACCAGCUGCUUCAUCAAAACCCGACUCGAUUUGAGUUCAAUGAGCGUUUCCUGCGACGUCUCCUAUAUCACCUUUACUCGUGCCAGUUUGGCACUUUCUUGUUCAACAGCGAAAAAGAGCGAGUCGAUUGCAAGGCGCGGGAUCGCACCCGGAGUGUUUGGGACUAUUUCCUUGCUCGCCGGGAACAGUUCACCAAUCCUUUGUAUGACCCCGUCAUUGACGAUCACCAGAGAGGGAAGGAACGACUUAUCUUCCCCCGGGUGAGUGAAACUCGGUGGUGGAAUGAGGUAUUCGGCCGAACCGACGCUGAAAUGAACGGGGUGGUGAACGGACCCCGUUCCCCUGCGACGCCCCCUACUCAAAACGAUAAUCACGCAGAGGCAGCAUUUAUAUUGGCAGGGAUGGAGACUGCAACCCAGAACAGCGAUGGUGCCAGUACACCCGUCCCUGAAACUGCGUCUGCGGGAAUGACUACGAUAACAUCGGGGGUUUCUAAGCUUGCAUUUGCACCAGAGCGGGACACAAACAAGUCGAAAGAGUUGGAGGUUGAGAUGAAAUAA